UGUCAGUAGAUGGUCUGACAGUGACACAAAGUUUCAUAUCAUAACUUUUUAGAAGUUUUAGUAAACAUUAUUCAUAUUUAUUUUAUUCUAUUAAAAAAGUCCCCUGUAAAUAUUAACAAAAAAUAAAAGGACUAGGCUGCUUAUAAGUUCUAAAUAUCUGGUUGGUUUUAUUUAUGAAAUAUUUUCUAUACUAGUGUAAGCUAACGGCCUUCGAGACUUCGAUUAACAUAUUUCUCAACUUUGUUGUCCACAACCUACGGACACCCAUUCGUGAUUUAAGAAGUUUACUAUAAAAUAAAUAGUGGGCGUAACUUUCGUAACUGCAAGGUUCCUUCAUCUAGCCCUAGUCCUUUAAUUUUUGUAUUAAAUUUUAUAGUUUAUGUUCAAAAGUUUAGUUAUAAAAGUGCUAAUAAAUUGCAUAAUUCAACAUUACCAUAUAUAAAACAUUACUACAUACUGUGUCGUCUAUCGUGAUUUAUAAUUUACUUUUGUAUUAGCAGGAAUAGUGAACAUCAUAUACUAUUAAUAAAACUAAGUGAAAAUGCCUAGAAAAUUGCUCAAGUUCCUCAUUGUGUUUGACAACACAUCAUUAUUAUAUUUUCCUGGUCAAUUUCUAUCAGGAAAAGUGUUGAUGGAACUGCAAGAUGAUACACCUGUAUUAGGUCUACAUUUUCAUGUAGUUGGUGAAGGUGUGGUGAGAGUUGGCAACGGUCGUCAUGAAAGGCUGUUUGACAAAGAGAAUUACAUUGAUUUUAGAAUGAGACUGCUUGGAGAACCAGGUCAUGGCACAUCAGUGCUUUCACCAGGCAUUCAUAGCUUCCCAUUCAAGUUGGGCCUACCAAUGGGGCUGCCGUCCACAUUCCUCGGCACUCAUGGUUGGGUUCAGUAUUAUUGUAAAGCAGCUUUAAGAGAACCCAAUGGUUUAACACACAAAAAUCAGCAAGUCUUCAUUGUAAUGAACCCUAUUGACUUGAAUUUGGAGCCACCAGUCUUAGCUCAACAGUUCGAGUGCAGCGUGGAGCACCGGCUGGGCGUGGGCUGCGUGGGCGGCGGCGCGGUGGUGUGCCGCGUGGCGCUGCAACGCGGUGCGUACGUGCCCGGCGAGAGCAUCGCGCUCGACGCGCUGCUAGUCAACAACUCGCGCACCACCAUCCGCUGCACGCGCGCCGCGCUCACUGAGACGAUCCAGUAUUCAGCGCACGGCAAGGUGGCGGCGAAGGAGGUGCGCGAGCUAGCGUCGCUGCGGCACGGCAAGCUGCGCGCCGGCCACAGCGACGAGUGGCGGCGCGAGCUGCUGUACGUGCCGCCGCUGCCGCCCACCAACCUGCGCGGCUGCCACCUCAUCGCCGUGCAGUACGACGUCUUCUUUAUCAUCGAGCCCAAGAGUUUGGAGAAGGAGGUGAAGCUUCAGUUGCCGAUCCUGCUGGGCACGUACCCGUUCCGCGACGAGAACGAUGAGCCGCCGCACCCUCCCACCCACUACCCUAGCACGCUGCCCAUCUUCCGGCCCUGGCUACACGAGAAACCGGCGCAUUGACCACCUGACAACACAACACUUAGACAGCAAUGACAGGGUAGUCAGGUAGACCUCUAUGUGGUCCUCGCCUUCGCCACCAUAAACCAACUUACCAGACUACAUCCUCAUUGUGUCAUCCUUAACUGAUAGUCCGCCACUAUAUACUAAUAGCAGAGGCGUAUGGACUAUUCAAUCUUCGUUCAUUAAAAAUACUCUAAGGCCUAAUUAACGGAGAGGCAUAUAUUAGUUCUCUUCAAUCCCUCAAUGCGUUUACGGAGACGCGGAUCUUUAGAGUUUAAGCGCCUGCGUGAAACAUACUAUAUCAUGAGUAAGGGAGAUAACUGCCAUCGUGACGUCAUGGUAUUUGGAAUGCGCAUGAUAUUAUGUCUAGGGCACAGUAUAAACAUUACAUGUCGACUUUGCAUUGACAGGCAUGACAAGGAUCCGCACUACGCCCAUUCGAAACUGUGCCUCUCCGUAAACAUCAUAUGUAGCAUCCGGGUGCAGACAUUACUCUAGCGCCCCUCAUUAUUUGAAAUUUGAGUAGAUGUGUGAACAUUCUAUACAUAACUGUUUAAGCCGGAUCCACACCAUGCCGGUCUCGGUUCGUCUUGGUCCGAUUUUGGUCUGAUAAAAUAUUACAUAAAAAACAAUGUGCGUAUUCAAACCACUGUCUAGUCCCGAUCAUUCUCGAAGUGUGUUGCCAGACCGAGAUCACACCGAGAAUGAACUGAUCCGUAUUAUAGUGUGGAUCCGACCAUAAUCUUUUAGCAACAUUAUGUUGCCAAUAGCCGAGCUGUUAAUCAUACGACGGCUUGUUUUGCUUUUUAGUUUUAUUCCUUUCAAAUUAUAGAAUACAGAUCAAUAUAACUUUGUAUGUGAUUAGAAAAUAUUGAAUAGCGAAUAACGACUACGAAGGGAUAUUUUUGAUGGAAGAGUAGAUUCAACAUGAAUUUAUUACAUUAUAUGCAUAGAUUGAAAGGAAAAUGAAUUUAUGAAUUUUAUUAUAUUUUUUCACUGCCAAUACCUUAAUUAUAAUCUCUUUUAGUAUGAUCAGUGGGUAAUAAUAUUUUACAAGUAGAGGAUUUAAUCUAAAUAUCCUAUGUUUACUAACAGACAGUAUUUUAUUAUGAUUGAUAGCAGUGAGGCUAUACAUACAGGUAUUGUGUUCAUUGAUAUCAUAAUACAUAUCAAGUGUUUGUAAUCCUUGUAUUUUACUAAAUUAAUAAUCAUAAUUUACUAAAUAUUGUAACUGAAAAUGUAAAAUAUUUAAAUAUUUGUCACACUUAAAUGACUCAGUGGAUUUGAAUGAAAUUUGUUACACAUAUCCCUAGCCUUUAUUAUCACAUAGGAUAUUUUUUUAUUCUAAACGAGGGGCACAACGCUGCGUUACAGCUAGUAUUUAUAUAAAUACUGCCUCGAAUUUCGUUAAUCCAGUGGUUUCGUAUCGUAUUUUACAAUAACUAUAAAUACUAUAGUGCCAUUUAAUAAUUUUACUUAAAAUUUUAAUUUAUAAUCUAACAUCAAAUGAACUUUUUAAUAAGAAUGUUUGGACAUUGUGUUUCUAAUGUGGUGGUAUUUGCAAUAUGUUGAUGCUAUGUAAUAGCAAUGUACGACCGACCAUUUGUAUAGAUACUAUCGAUCUGAAUAUAACUAACCUGUGAUAUAAAAUACGAAUCCGUCCAUUUUAUACUGUGUAUUUUUAUAACAAUACAUGUAUGACUUUUAUAUAAUAAAAAGUUGUAUACCUAA